UCAAACUCCUAUUCUUCUCUUAUUAUUUUUAUAACCCUAUUUUAUACUAUUUUUAUACAAGACAAAAUGACCAUCGGAAUAGCCAUCAUCGGCAGCGGGAAUUUCGCGAGGGAAGAACAUUUGCCUCUCCUCCACGCCUCCGAGACCUUCGAUCUCAAGGCCCUCUACUCCCGGAGUUUAAAGUCAGCAGAAACUCUCCUCGCAGAGAAGACUAUCACGACUCUCGAUGUGUAUUCUGAGGAUGCGGGGCUCGGGAAGGGAUAUGCGGAUUUACUUGCCAGGGAGGAUGUACAGGCUGUUGUUAUAGCCCUCCCGAUCACAGCACAACCAACUUUCAUCAAACAGGCCCUUCUGGCGGGAAAACACGUGUUAAGUGAGAAGCCCAUUGCCGGGGACAUGGAGUCCGCUCGGUCACUACUCUCGUUUUAUCAGACGGACGUGCUGCAUAAGGGAGCAGAGAGAAAGGUGUUGUGGGGCGUGGCGGAGAAUUAUCGGUUCCUGAGCAAGUAUCGGAGAGUGGCGGAGGAGGCGAGGAAGUUGGGACCGGUGAGGGAGUUCAAGGUCUCGGUAAAGACGUUGAUUAAACCGGGGUCGAAGUAUCAUCAAACGGAAUGGCGACGCAACCCUGCGUAUCGAGGAGGAUUCGUUCUCGAUGGAGGUAUUCAUGUCGUUGCUGGGUUGAGGCUCAUCCUGGGAAAGGAGGAUGCUCUGGCGGCCGUGUCGGCCAUGUUGAGUUUGCAGCAGGAGCAUCUGGCGCCGGUGGAUACGGUGGAUGCAGCGGUCAAGACCAAGUCCGGAGCUACUGGAACGGUGUAUCUGUCGUAUGGGGCUGCCGAGAAUGAGACAGUCUUUGAGUUCAAAUGCGACAAGGGGGUGGUGAGUCUCAAUUUGGACCGGGUGACUGCUGAUGGGGAGUCGUUCGAUGUGCCCUAUGAAGGCCGGGGUGUCAACUAUGAAUUGGCCGCGUUUGUGGAGUCGAUUCGGCAGGGUGAGUUGGAAGAAGGGCUGCGGCCGGAGGAGGCCAUGGCCGAUUUGGAGAUCAUGGAAGGGAUGAUUCUCGACUCUCUCGGGCGGCCAAACCUGAGCGCGAAUUUUCGAGAUCGAUUUCGACCCGUACGACAACUCCCAGCGCCAGCCCGCGAGACGACGACAAGGUAUAUGGUCCUCGCAAAGAAGCACGUCCCCAUCGUCAAGAAGCGCACCAAGCGUUUCUGGCGCCACCAGUCCGACCGCUUCAAGUGCGUGCCGGAGUCAUGGCGCAAGCCCAAGGGUAUCGACAACCGCGUCCGUAGACGCUUCAAGGGCAACAUUCCCAUGCCCUCCAUCGGCUACGGAUCCAACAAGAAGACCAAGCACAUGAUGCCCUCCGGCCACAAGGCUUUCCUCGUCCACAACCCCAAGGACGUUGAGCUUCUGUUGAUGCACAACCGCACCUACGCCGCUGAGAUUGCCAGCGCCGUCUCCUCCCGCAAGCGCGUCGACAUCAUCGCCAAGGCCAAGGCUCUCGGCGUCAAGGUCACCAACCCCAAGGGCCGCGUCACCACCGAGGCUUAAAUGGAUAUGGAAUGAAUGUAAAGAAAGCCCAGAAAUUUCAUCAUUUUCAUUUUCUAUUUUAAAAUUUCUUCUCUCAAUCAUCUUCAUUGAUUACACAAAUGGGAUCUGAGCUCGGGGCUAUCUAUUAUUUAUAAAGAAUGCCCGUCCAUUACCUCAUUUCACACCUUCUUGCCUAUGUGAGGUGGGGUGGGGUGGGGUGAGGUGGUGGUGGGUUAACUUGGGGACUUGCGGAGCCUUGAUUUCAUCACUCUUCUCGCGCUCUGUGGGAAUCUACUUGACGAUGACGUAUGUGCUGGAUUGCUAAACGUAUGAUGGAUGUCUGCGUUUGUGGUCGUGGCUGGUGCUGCCAGUCUGGGAAUAAAAAUUCAAAUAUCUUAUGAAGAC